AUUUGACGCGGGGUCCCAAGAUCCCUGACACUGCAUUCAACGACGAGAAAGCAAGCACAUCCAUCGAACGAGCGAAACAAAACAAAGAUCUUUAGCGACCGGGUUCUCCUAAUGCCAACAAACAAAUAAUCAUCCUACGACCCUAUAGCCCUGUGGUGCGCUUUCACCAGCGCGAGCACAGCUUCAUGAGACAACUAGUUCCUGAGGUUGUCGGUCUGUCAACGACGACUUCCUGAUUGACUACUGGAGGAAUUCACAUUCGGCCACCGUUAUACUGAUCACGAAGACGAAAUUUCCAACACCGAGCGACGUAAUCAUCCAACCAUGGAAGCUCGCACAAUGCCGCGUCCGCGCCGGCCGCCAUUGACGAUUGCCCAAAUCGUGGAGCAGGCAGACCAGUUCGAGUUUAAUAUCAACAUCCACUUGAAACACUGGGUCGGUGCAGCCGAGACUCUGUACCGUGAGGGCGAGUUUUACAAAGAAGAAGGCAACUUUGCCAAAGCCUACCUUCUACUGCUUCGCCACUGCUCCCUCGUGCUCAAAAAGUUUCCCGAACACCCAAUGGCCCACACUCGCGACGGUCGCAAGCUGAUCAAGCCCCUCCAAGAACGACUGACCCGCAUCAUCUCGGAGCUGGAAGAUCUCAAGAGGCAUAUCAACGAGGCGUACAACGAAUGGGAAAGACUGGUUAGGACGGGGCAAAUCGAUGACCGACCCGUUCCCGAUAGCAGGUACGACAAGUACGCCGCCCAGGACCCGGCGCUGUCAUGGAACAACGCUACCCAAGCCCAGUUGCUGGAUGCUGGGAACAACCAGGAGCUGGCUGUACGCCUUGCCAAGGAUGAUUACAUCCGGCGCGACGCGGCUAGGCGCUCGAUUCGUCAGGCAGGGGUGUCAGAAUAUGAGGAGCAAAUCCGCCGCAGCGGAGGUGUCUGGGAGGACUGGGAUGCCCGUAGGGGAAUGGGCCCACGUAAUACGGUAGACGAUCGAAACGAUAUACAACGGCAGAUUCAGGAGACACGAAGGAGGCUGGAUAGGUCCAACGACCAAGAUUCGGAAGUUGUGGUACGAGACUUUAGUUAUAAUGACAGCUGGUCAUCAAGUGCAGGUUCGAGGUCAUCGCGACCGCCUAUCCAGAACCCGGCCUCCCAGCACUACAACUAUCCGUCAGUCUCGAGACCGAGACCGUUAAACUACAACUCAUACGAGGCAUCACCAGCCCCUUCCAGACCACCAAAGGAGCAAUACCCGAGCUAUCAAGACAGGUUGGAGCCCCUGCCACCUCCAAUACCACGAAAGGCUCCUGAAGCAGGGCGUGCCCCUCCUACUCUCCCGCCCAAGACUCUGGACCAGCCAGAGGAGAGGAACGUUCAAAACUCGACAUCGUCUGUUGACCGGGCGGUGAAUGAGCUUUCCAAGCGGAAGAACAUCACAUUCCUUCCUGCUGGAUACACAGAAGCCGGGAAACCUCUGCGACCCAUCUUUGUUCCGCGCUCCCUCAAGGACAAAUUCCUCGAAAUAGCCGGCCCCAACACUAGGAAAGGGCUGGAGCUUUGCGGCAUCAUCUGUGGAAGGCCGAUUAAUAACGCGCUCUUUGUAGCUGCUCUGCUUAUUCCCAACCAGAUAUGUACUUCGGACACAUGCGAGACGGAGGACGAGUUCCAGAUCUUUGAGUUUUGCGAAAAGGAGAACAUGAUCAUAAUUGGCUGGAUACAUACGCAUCCGACGCAGACGUGUUUUAUGAGCUCGAGGGACUUGCACACCCACGCGAGCUACCAGGCCAUUUCUCCUGAGUCGGUGGCAAUUGUCUGCGCACCCAAGUACAACGAUUUUGGGGUUUUCCGCUUGACAGACCCUCCAGGCCUUCCGCACGUGUUGCGGUGUCCCCAUACGAAUACGUUCCACCAGCACGAACUGCCAGAGAGCGAAAUCUACAAGGAUGCUCUGCACCCAGUCAGCCAUGUGUACAUGUCGGAUCAAAUAGAUUUUGAUGUCACGGACCUGCGGCCGAAGUGAUGUGUUAUUGAGGGUUGGACUGGGCCGACGUAGAAUGUGUUGCUGCGAUUCAUCAGGUCUGAAACGUCCAGGCUUGGUUUGUUGGCAUUGAGUAGUACGGCGGACUGUAUCCUGCUAAACAACAGUGUUUUGUCACUUUAGUCUUGUCUUUCUUGAUCUGUUCAUCCUAGCUUUUUGGUCAUGGAGUUUUAACGUGGUUCCAUCACUGGGCGUGGUAGGCCUUGGGAUUUGCGGAUCUCUCUGUUCGCUGGACAAUAAUCUUGCACUCCGGUUGGUCAUUGCUGCAUCUGGACUGUUCACUCUUGUUUCGUUUAUGUUCUUGUGUUUUUGACAUCAGGUCAUGAGCAUGGAGUAACAAAAGCAGACAUUUGGGCUGGGCCCGGGCAUUAGAAUCAAGUCUGACUGUUGUCACCUAAUAGCUGCAUUCUUACAAUAAGAGCAGACCAUCUGCAGCUCUAAUCGGUAUUGUGUCUUUUG